AUGACACACAGGAAACGCCAUGCAGAAGAGCCUCUCGAUGAGCUUGCUGGUAUAGACUCUCCUGCCUCCAAGCGUUCGAGAACCGUCGACUCCCUCAUCUCGAAUGGAUCCCUCGAAAAUGGCCAUGAUGGCAAUGCAACACCCACAAACGAACCACAACCUGCCGACGACAGCGACGUCGACGAAGAAACACCCCUCCAGGUUCCGACUCGCCAAUCGGCGCCGACAGAUGGCUAUGACGACCUCUACCUUGACACGAUAGACCGCAACGUGCUCGAUUUCGAUUUCGAGAAGCUGUGCUCCGUUAGCCUGUCCAACAUCAACGUUUACGCGUGUCUCGUAUGCGGGCGCUACUACCAGGGCCGCGGGCCGAAAUCGCAUGCCUAUUUCCACGCCCUCGAUGAGAACCAUCACGUCUUCAUCAACAUGCAGACGCAGAAGGUGUACGUGCUCCCCGAGGGCUACGAGGUCAAGUCUAAGUCGCUCGAUGACAUCAAGUUUGUGUCGGAUCCACGGUAUACGAAACAGGAAGUCGCCGUGCUUGACAAGCCGCCACUGCGUGCCUCGUUCACGCUGGCUGGCAAGGAGUACGCGCCGGGGUUUGUGGGCAUGAACAACCUCAAGGAAAACGACUACCUGAAUGUCGUUGUGCAGGCUCUUGCGCACGUCGUGCCAUUGAGAAAUUUCUGUCUCCUGGAGGAUUUAUCAUCGCGAUCGGAAUUGGCGAAGCGUUUUGGCAUUUUGGUGCGCAAGAUUUGGAACCCGCGCGCCUUCAAGGCACAUGUGUCCCCGCACGAACUGCUCCAGGAGAUCUCGCUGCUGUCGAAUAAGCGGUACACUCUGACGGCGCAGUCCGAUCCGGUGGAGUUUCUAUCGUGGUUUCUGAACAACCUGCAUCUGGGGCUGGGUGGGUCAAAGACGAAACCUGGGAGCUCUGUUGUUCAGCGGAUCUUUCAAGGCAAGCUCAAGGUUGAGUCGCAGGCGAUCACAGCGAGGGCUGAUGCGGGCGAUCGCCUGCGGUUUGAAGAUGCCGCUGUCUCGGUGGCAACAUCACGGUUUAUGUUUUUGACCCUUGACCUCCCCGCAGCGCCUCUCUUCCAAGACGAACUCGAGAGGAAUAUCAUCCCGCAGGUGCCCCUGACAACAAUUCUAUCGAAAUACGACGGCAUUCACGCGCAGGAGCACCUCGCACAACGCAAGCGGUAUCGCCUGCUGCACCCCUUGCCCCCAUACCUCGUCCUCCACGUCAAACGCUUCAGUCAGAACAAAUUCGUCUCGGAGCGCAACCCCACGAUCGUCACGUUCGACCCGCGGGGGCUCGAUGUAAGCCCAUAUGUGGAGCCGAACCCAGGCGAAUGGCCGCCUGGCGAGCCCAUCUGGUACGACCUCGUCGCCAAUGUUGUGCACGAGGCCGUCCGCGCCAAGGAAGAUGUCGCGGAUAGCGGAGAGGAGCGCAAGACUUGGAAGGUGCAGCUUAAGGACAAGGGACGCGACGAGUGGGUGUCGUGUCAAGAUUUGUUCGUUGAGAAGGUGCAGAGCGAGCUGCUGUACCUUGGCGAGACGUAUUUACAGGUUUGGGAGAGGCGGAGGACGCCAAAAAGGGCGUGA